CGACAUCCCCGCGCCGUCCAUGCCACCCAUGCCCAUAUGUGACAUGAUGGAGUUACGCUUCAGGCCCAGUAAAUCAGGGAAUGUGGUGGCGGAUGUGGAAUUGGUAAUGAAAUGGGGAGAAUACACAGCAGGGAUGCUGGGAGACGGGUCUGUGGCUUCAGGGGAGGCACCAAACGCAGCAGGAUGAUAAAGAGCCUACCGUGGGAAUCUCCAGCAUUCAUAUGCGAUAAAACCGCCACAGCCUUCGUACUCGUAUCCUGGGCACACCGACCAGAAGUCAAUGACGCCCAUCCCCCGCGCGGGGACUCUCAUGGACAGCUAGAUGGACAGCCGCAUAGAUUCAGGAGCAGUGGUGAUGGGCAGUCUUCAUUUAUAUAGGACAGAUGCCUUCUUUUCUCACGAACUAGCUUGAGGGUGGCUCGAGUGUUAUGCAAGUGCAGGUUGAUCCUGGUGGCAACUGUGGCACAUCACGAUCCCUUCUAGUUACUGUGAAUGAUAGGAGUAUUAUAGGAUGUAUAGAUAACAGAG